UCGCCGCCGUUCCAACGUCCCAACUUAAACCCUAAUCACAAUUUAUAUCCUCGGAGUCGUUUGGUCCAUCUCCGUCUCCCUGCGAGGCCACCUCGAAUUUACGAGCUAUGAAGCGGAAGGAUGCGGCGGAACUCCCGCUUCCACCCGGCGACGGCGAUGACGAAGGUGAAGAAGAGGAGAUAUCCCAGCCCGUCCUCAAUCUCGGCCGAGGCUCCGACGUGUGCAAGGCUCUCAUGGACCGGUACACCAAGUCCUCCGCCCCGCAGCACCGUCACCUUUGCGCGUCCGCCGCCGCCAUGCGUUCCAUUCUCCAGGAGGAAGGCCUUCCCCUCACACCUCCUGGCUACUUCGCGGCAGUCAUCACCGCCAUCCGCGACGCCGACACCGCCGACCAUGACGCUAUUUCUGCCCUCUCUGCCUUCCUUUCUAUCCUUCUACCGGUCGUCCCUGCCGGGUCCCUGCCUCCGACAAUGGUCAAAAACGCGGCCCUCGUUCUUGCCACUUUCUUGUGGGACCCGCCCAGUAAGCUGCCUACUGGGGCAGUACGGUCCAUGGUUAAGUCGCUUGGUGGCUUGGUGCUCCGUCUUGAAUUGGAGGACUGGGACGAGGUCAAAUUGCCUGUGGAAGUCCUUCUGGCGUUCACCGUGGACAAACGCCCAAAGGUGAGGAGAUGUGCCCAACUAUAUGUCAAGAAGGUUUUUGAAACUUUGAAGAGCUCCAGCAUCAUCAAGAAGGCGAGCAAAGUUGUGUUUUCUUUGUACAAAAAGUACAUAUCUUUGUUGGAAGAAUUCUGCACUCCUGAACUGUUAAAUGCACCUGCUUCGAAUGAAUUGCACAAGACCGAACAUUUGGAAAUCAUCCAUAUGCUUAUCGUUUUGAAACUUAUUGCACCAAACCUCUCUGAGAAAGUAAGAAUGAAGAUCAUUUCUGAUGUUUAUAGGUUCUUGAGGAGUGCUACCUCCUUGCUUACAGGACACAUUGUUAGAGUUGUUGAUGCAUUAAUGGAACAAACAGAAGCUAAGAUUCUUAUUGCUGAGUCAGACGACAUCAUAUCUGCUCUUACAUCAUAUAUAUCUUCGAGUGAGAAGAAUACUCUUGACACCACCGUUUCUGGAUUAAAGGCUUUGAGUAAUUUGUUGAACAAGCUUCGUGAUGUUCAACCCACCAUAUGGAUAGGCAGCUUUCCUGUGAUCUUCGUCUCAGUUAAAGGAUAUCUGGUUGCUGAUGGUAAUCCCUCCGAAGCUGUUGCAGAAGUCUUGAAAGACUUGAUUAAUGUUCAUAUUGACCUGAAGCUUUCUAUGACUGGUGCAAGCAAGUUAUGCAAUAAUGAUGAAGAUGAUAACCCUGUGACAAGUGCAAUUGUAAAUCUCUGUUCUGUAUUCAGCAAUAUGCUCAACACUUGCAAAUCCCCUACUGAACCUAUGUUGGAUGUCAUUUCAGCUUUAUUCCUCAGGCUUGGCAAGACCUCGUACCUAUUUAUGAAGGACAUAUUACUUAAACUGGCACAAUGUGUGAUAACAGUGGAAGGAGACUUGUCUGUCAUGAAACAUCUUCAGAAAUGUAUUGGAUCUGCUGUAAUCGCUAUGGGACUAGAGAAUGUGCUUUCGUUGGUUCCUAUAUCUUUCAAUAGAGACAAAAAAACUUGCUCAAAUGCUUGGUUGAUACCCAUAUUAAAGAGAGAUGCUUCUGGGGCAUCCUUAUGUUACUUCAUGGACCAUAUUGUGCCCCUUGCUAAAUCUAUUCUGAAAGUCUGUGACAAAGUGAAAAGAGCGACAUUGCAAGAAAAACUCAGAUCUUAUGCCCAUGAAUUGUGGGAUUUGCUUCCUGCUUUUUGUCGUUGUCCUCCUGAUACUUCUCAAAGUUUUGAUUCUCUUGCCAAGCUGCUGGUACAUACUCUCAAGGAUGAUUCUUCCUUGCAUGAAACCAUAUCCAUAAGCUUGCAGAUACUUGUGAGUGAAAACAUGAGAGUUCUUGGGGCAAACCAAGAAGUAAACCAGCAUGCCUCGUUAAAAGAUGUUCAUGAUAAGGCCGAAAGCUUUCCUAUUGGGUACACGAAGAAAACUGCAUCAAAGAACCUAAAGGUCUUAGCUUCCAAUUCUAUGGAUUUGAUUGAGACUAUGGCAGAUGUCUUCCUUGAUUCUCCUCCUGAAAAGCAUGCUGUCCUGAAGGAAGCAAUUGAAUCUUUGGCUUCACUAGUUAAGAGUGAAGAUCUUCAUAGGUUUUUUCUAUCAUUGUUGGAAAAGUUUGAUCUACUAAAUUUUCUAACUGAAUCUAAUAAACUUAACGAGGGUGACAUGAUAGAUGUCGACAAAGAGACUGAGACUGAGGAAACAAGCAAAAUGGAUAAAAACCAAGAGAAAAGGUGUUUGGUUAUUGAUCUUGCUUCCUCAUUUGUUGAAACUGCUGAUGAGAACCUGGUUAAUACAAUGUUUGAUUUUAUUAAGACCUCUUUGUUGGAUACUGAUAAUACAAGCAAAGCAGAGGAAUUGUCUACUUUAAGAAAAAUUCUUGAGAAGCAUAGUUGGUUUUGUUCUGUCCGGAUUGAUGAUUUGAUUUAUCUUCUGCAAGGUGUGAAAAGUCAUGAUGAUAACAUGAUUGAAAAACUUCGGCUAUCAUGUUACCAUUUUCUAUUGGUUCACGUUAUAAAAAUCAACGAGGAGAAAACGAAUACAAAGGCGUUUUUAAUCUUGAAUGAGAUCAUACUGAAACUUAAGUCUAAGAAAGAAUCCAGAAAAUUGGCAUAUGAUACAUUGUUGGCAACAAGUUGUAGCCUGAAGAAUUCCCAAUUUGACAAUUCACAAUCAGAUGUUCAACGACUAUUUGUCAUGGUAAUGGGCUAUCUUUCUAGUUCAUCUCCUCAUAUCAUGAGUGGUGCAAUUUCUGCCCUUUCAUUGCUUAUAUACAACGAUGCCGAGUUUUGUCUGGCUGUGCCAAACCUGAUACCUUCUGUCUUAGUUUUGCUACAAAAUAAGUCUAACGAAGUUAUUAAAGCAGCUCUGGGCUUCGUUAAAGUGUUGGUUUCAUCGUUGCACUCAAACAACCUAAUUAUUCUAGUACCUGAUAUUCUGAAUGGAAUAUUGCCAUGGUCAUCAAUUUCAAAACAUCAUUUCCGAUUGAAGGUUGCAAUUAUCCUCGAAAUUCUUAUAAGGAAGUGUGAUUAUGAGGCCAUUGACGGCAAUGUGCCCAAAAAAUAUAAGGACUUUGUCAAUUCCGUUGUGGAGAGCCGUCAGAGAAAGAAAAAAUCUGAAUGUCCUGCCAAUCCUGAUGCGCCAUGUGAUUCAAAAGAUCCUGUCAUAAAAAGAGGGAAGAAAAGGAUUCUUGACGAUGUACCACAGAAGAAGGAUUCAGGGCUAAGAUCUGGUGUCAUAAGAGGGAGGGGAAAGAAACAGAAGAGUGAUGCUUACAGCAUAAAUGGGGCUGCUGCGACCGUAGAUAAAGGCAGACACCACCAAUCGAUCAACCGCACAGCAAGCAUCGCAAAUAAGAGGAUCAAGAAGAAUAAUGCCAAUCAGAAACCCAAGCAAGUCGAGAGACUGAAGUUCAAAAGAAAAAAGAGAAACAAGGAAGAACAGUAAGUUUUUUCUUUGCGGGGUAGUUCUAUAGCAAGCAAGAAGCAUCUAUUGAGGUCAACAAACCGAAGAUUAGGCAAUGCAGAAGAACGUAAUCCAACGAGGGUUCAUUAGCAUUUUUUUAGAUUCAUGGAUGAUGCUCGAGUUUCAUUAGCAUUUCUAGUGUAUCACUUAGCUUUACGUAAAUGGCACAGCCAAUUUUGUUCAUCAGUUUGUAUCAGAAGUAUGUAUCAUCGGUGUAUGAAGGGAGGAUUCGAAUGCAGCAGUCGAGUUAGCCGCUGCAAUACAUGUAAUCGAAGUCGAAUUAAUAUCCAGGAUGGAAUGUGUGUUCUCAUG